AUGGAGACGCUGCGCGGGAAGUACGACGCGACGACGCGUCUGCUCGCGGCGCAGUGCGAUACGAUCGAGCGGCUGCGCGCGGAGCUGAAAUCGGCGCGCGCGGGCGCCGGGGACUGCGCGCCCUCGGCGACCGCGUCUCGAGAGGGGGGGAAGGAAAAUCUCGAGACGCGCGGCGCGCGCGACGGCCCGCGCGACGGCGGCGUCGACGAGGGACGCGAGCGCGAGCAUCGACGCGCGCGGAAAGUCAUCAAGACGCAGGUGCGCGCCGCCGAGGAUCGCGCCUCGCGCGUCGUCCCCCCCGACCCACCGCGCCCCGAGAUCCCGUCGUCGUCCCGUCCACGCGCGCCGUUCCGUCGUCCAUCACCGUCGCGCGUUCCGACGCGGAACCGCGCGCGUCGUCCCCCCCCCCUCCCCCUCGACGCGCGCGUCGCCGACGCCCGCUCCCCCGCCCUCCCGUCGUCCCAGAGCGAUGAGAUUCGCGCGUUGCGCGAGAACGUCGAGUGCGCGGAGGCGGCGUCCGAGGCGCUCGCGUCCAGGGCGCUCCUCGCCGAGCGCGCGCGGCGAGAGACGGAAGACGCGGCGACGAUCCUUCGCGACGAUUACGCCGCCGCGACGCAACGCGCCGUCUCCGACGCGACCACGGCCGCGACCGAACGCGACCUCGAGGCGGAUCGCGCGGUUCGCGCGACGACGGAGCGCGACCGCGCGGAGGAGCGCGCGAAAGCCGCGGAGGAGCGCGCGAAAGCCGCGGAGGAGCUCGCGCGCGCGGCGUGCGACGACGCGAGAGACGCGCGCGACGCGGAGGCGGCGGCGACGCGCGCGGCGACGACGGCGGCGGCGGAAAACGCGACGACGCUCGAACGCCUCGACGCGACGCGAUGCGAGCUCGAGGACGCGCGCGCGAGGCUCGCGACGUCCGACGCGCGAAUUUCCGCCGCGAGGGAGGACCUCGCGUGGGCGAGGAAAGACGCGGACGAGGCGAGGGACGCGGCGCGCGUCGACGCCGCCGCCGUCGUCGCCGCGCGCGCGGACGUCGCCGCCGCCGCGGACGCGCGCGACCUCGCGACCGCGCGCGCGUCCGCCGCGGAAGCGCGGCUGGACGCGCUCGCGCGCGAGAAAAGCGACGCGCUCGCGAAGGUUGAGGACGCGCGGAGGGAGAUGGAAGCGAGAGUGAACGACGUCAGCGCGGACCUCGCCGCCGCGCGCGCGGCGGCGACUGCGGCGCAUAAGAAACUCCACGUGCAACGCGCGGAGGCGGAUGACGCCGUCGCGAGCGAGCGCGAGCUCAGAGAACGCGCGGAGCGCGAGGCGGCGACGCUGAGAGAGAAGCUCGCGGCCGCGGAGGACGACUACGCGCACGCAGAACAGCUCACCGUGGAGGCGGUGCGCGAGCUGGAGACGGAACGCGCGGCGGCGCGAGCGGCGGCGGCGGAGGAUUCGAUCGAGGCGAUCGUCGCCGCUCGCGUGAAGGACGCGAUGGAGUCUCUGAACGCGGAGUGGGAAGCGAAGCUCGAGUCUGCUUGCUCGAAGAACGAAGGCGAAGUCGCCGCGUUGCGCGCGGCGGCGGCGAGCGCGGCGGAGAAGGCGGCGGCGGACGCGGAGGAAGCCGCCGCCGUCGCCGUCGCCGUCGCGGCGACGACGGAGGAUGCGACGACGGAGACGGAGGUCGCGCCGCCGCCGGCGGCGACGACAUCCCGCGGCAUGACCCCGGCCGCGCCGUCGCCGCGUCCCGUCGCGAAGUUGAUCAUCCGCCCCAAGCACGCGCUCGCGCCGUCGAACAGCUCGCGGAAGACGCUGAGCAAACUGCGCGCGAAAGCCGCCGCGCUGCAAACGUCGCUCGCGCUCGAGCGAUCGACCCGGGCCGAAAACGCCGCCGCGCGCGUCGCGUCGAUCGAAGCGCGAGCGAAGCGCGAGACCGAGGCGCUGGAACGAAAAGCGCUCGCGCACGCCAAGGCGAUGGAAGAACGCGUCGCGGAGGCGGAGGCGAAGCUGACCGCCGCCGCGGACCGGUGGCUCGUCGUCGGCGACGCGUACGAAGCGUCGACGAACGAAAAGCUCGCCGCGAACGCGAAGACGACGGACGCGUUCGGCGUUCGCGUCGACGCCGUCGCGGAGAAUGCGACGGAUGCGGUCGCGCGCGCGGAGGACGCGAUGAAAGCGCUCGCGAGGAAGGAGAAAGACGUCUCGAAACGAUUAGACGAGGGCGCGGCGACGCGAGAAGAAGAACUCGCCGCCGUCAAAAACGCGGCGAAGAAGAGCGCGGAACGCGUCGGCGCCGCGGAAGUCGCCAAGGCUGCCGCGGAAGCGCGAGCCGCGCACGCGGAGGCGCGGUUACGGCACGCGGAGGCGAACGAGUCCAUCGCGGUCGCGGACGCGUCCGCGGCGAGGGACGCCGCGGACGCGGCGAAGGCGCGCGCGGUCGCCGCGGAGUCGCGCGCGAGCGAAAUCGAAGCCGCGGCGUCGACGGCGGCGGCGACGGCGGCGUCCGCGCUCGCCGCGCUCAAGGCGGACCUCGCGAAGGCGACCGCGGAGGCGGACGCCGCCAAAGACGCGUCAGCGGAGGCGAUCGCGAGGGCGGACCGCGCGGAGGACGCGCGGACGCGGUCGAACGUCGACGUCGUCGACGCGCUCGCGAGGGCGCGCGCGGCGGAGAGCGCCGCGGCGGUUUCCAAAAACGAAGCCCUCGAGGCGUGCGCGCGCGCGGAACGCGCGGAGACCGCGCUCGAGGGCGCGGUAACGCGCGCGGCCGCCGCGGAAGCCGCGGCGUUGGACGCGAAGCUCGAAGCGCACCGCGCGUCGUUGGCCGAGGGCGAGGCGAAAGCCGCGGCGGAGAUGAGCGAAAUGCGCGCGGAAGCCGCGGAGGCGGCGGCGGAGACGGAGGCGGAAGCUGCCGAAGCGUUAGGGAUCACGGACGGGUCCAAGGGCGCGCGCGCGAUGGCCGCGGCGGCGCGGACGGUCAGAGACGCGCGCGCCGCCGCGACGGCCGCGGAGAAGGCGCGCGCGGUCGCGGCGAAGGAAGCCGAGGAAGCCGUCGCGGCGGCGCAUUCGCGCGCGUCCGCCGCGGAGACGAACGCAACGCUCGAGCGCGCGCGCGCGGCGGAAGCGAUCGAGGCUGCGGAGGCGCGCGCGCGCGACGCGACCGCCGCCGCGAUCGAGGCUGCGGAGGCGCGCGUCGUGGACGCCGAGCGCGCGAGCGCGGACGCGGAGAGACGGGUGGCGGCGGCGGAGGCCAAGGCGGCGGCGGCGGCGAAGACGGCGGUGCUCGACGCGGAGGCGAGGGUCGCCGCGGAAGCGUGCGCGGCGGCGGCGCGCGAGACCGCCGCCGCCGCGUCCGCGGCCGCCAAAGUCGCGGAGACGCGCGCCGCGCGCGCGGAGGCUGAGGCGAGAGAGGCGUCGGAGAGACUGCGCGACGCGGAGGCGAACGUCGUGAAGGAGCGCGCCGUCGCCGCCGCGGCGAUUGAAAAGGCGCGAGAGCGCGCGGACGAGACGGCUUGCGCCGCCGCCGCGAAGCUCGCCGCCGCGAAGGUGCGCGUCGCGGAGGCGGAGAUGGCCGCCGCGGCCGCGGUCGCCGCCGCGAACGCGGACCACGCGGCGGCGAUCAAACUGUCGGACGAAAAGGUGUCGGAAGCGAUGAAACUGUCCGAAGAAAAGGUGUCGGAAGCGAUGAAACUGUCCGAAGAAAAGGUGUCGGAAGCGAUGAAACUGUCCGAAGAAAAGGUGUCGGAAGCGAUGAAACGCGCGGACGAAAAGGUGUCGGAAGCGAUGAAACGCGCGGACGAAGCCGCCGCGCGCGCGCUCGAGACGGAACGCGCCGCGGAGGCGGCCAUCUCGAGGGCGCUGUCCGACGCGGAGAGCGAUUCGCUUCGCGCGGUGACCGCGGCGAGGGACGAGGUGAAGGCGUCGAUGCAGCGCGCGCUCGACGAGGCGACGCGCGCCGCGGAGGACGCGCGAUCGCGCGGCGAGCGAGCCGUCGAGGACGCGAAGCGAGCGGCGGAGAAGGCUGCCGCGGAGGCGUGGGCGACGAAGGUCAAAGCCGCGGAGGAGACCGCGCGCGCCGAGCGCCUUGGCGCGACCGCCGCGGAAGCCGCGGCGGCCAAGCUCAAGACACGCGCGGAGGCUGCGGAAGCCGCGCGCGCCGCCGCCAUCUCGCGCGCGGAGCUCGCGGAGGCGUCCGCCGCCGACGCCGAGGCGCGCGCGGCGGCGUCGGACGCGCAGGCGGCGAGCUCGCAAAACGCCGCCGCCGCGGCGUUCGCGCGCGCGGUCGCCGCGGAAGCCGCCGCCGCGAGAUCAGAGCUCAUCGCGGACGCCGCGGACGACUCUCGCGAGCGCGCGGAGGACGCCGCCGCGGACGCCGCGGACACGCUCGCAGACGCGGAGGCGGCUCGGAGGGAGGCGACGCGCGCGCGCCGCGACGCGGAACGCGCGAGGGACGAGGCGGAGUCGACGCUGAGCGACCACGCGCGCAUCCUUCGCGAGGCCGAGUCGCGGCUUCGGGAGAUGCAGAAUGCGUUCGAGGAGGCGAACGAGCGCGCGUCCGCCGCGGAGUGCGAGCUCGAGCGCGUGCGAAGAGGCGUCGCGACGGCGGCGGCGAGCGUGCAGGGCUCGGGCGGCGCGGAGAGUCCGAGCGCGAUCGAGGGCGAGAAUCGCUGGAGACUCGCGCAGAGGAAGCAGCAGUCGAUCGUGUCGCGGCUGCGGACGCGAAUCGGCGCGAACGCCGCGAGCUUGAGCUUGAACGUGUUCGCGGACGAGCCGAGCCUGUCGACGUCGAAGCCCGCGGCGGGCGGAGGGGGCGAGGGACGCGACGCGGCGGACGAUCCGUCGACGCCGACGUCGCGCGCCGCCGCGGCGAACGCGUUCGAUAACGUGCACACGCCGUCGCCGCAACAGCCGCGGCGUCUUCCCGCGCCCGCGGCGCGGUCCGCGUCGCCGCUGGGGGAGUUCGUGUCGCCUCCCGCGGCGUCGAUAACGCGCCACACGCAGCCGUUAUACAGCGCCAACGCGCGCGCGGCGCCGGGGACGCCGGCGGGGGCGGGGACGCCCGCGAGCCCGGCUGUCGCUCGCGCGCAAGCGACAGCGGCGGCGGCGCUCGCUUCCGUCAGAGGCGCCGCCGCCGCGCUCGCGAGCGUCAGGGAGGCGUACGAUAACACGCCGAAGGCGAACCGGAGGAGUAAGGUUGCCGCCGCGGCGGCGCGCGCGGUCAAGGGUUCGGGUUUCGUCGCGCCGGGGAAAGAAAACGUCGGCGGCGGCGGCGCGGAGAAGGGUCGGGGCGUCGCGGGCGACGCGGAGUUCCUGAACGCGCGCGAGCCGCUGGGGAGGGUGAUCAUGUAG